AAAACCAACUGCGGCCAACGCAUUGGCGGCUAGUCUCAGUUUACAGCUUCAUUGAACUUCAGUUCUAAAGUUAUCCACACCAAGAUGUCUCGACUCUGGACGCUUCUUUCAUUAAUUCUGUUGUGGUUCCGGUUUCAAGACUGUCGGGCGCAUUGUGAACAUCGUUUUGCGCGCAGUCCUUCGGGUGAACUAUUUCACAUCAUUCCUGUGCGCCUCUUUACGCCGGAGAUGCUUCAGGAUAGUGUUCAGCUGGUGCGACAGCCACGACAACAGCAAAUUGUUCAGGAGGUAAUUGUGGAGAAUAAUUUUGGUGGUCCUGGCGGUGGAUUUGGAGCUCCGCCCUUCGGCAGACCGCCUUUUGGUGGACCGCCAUUCGGUGGACCCCCAGGAUUUGGAGGACCUGUUCGUGGGUUUGGAGGCGGCUUUGGCAGCGGUCUUGGAGGCGGUUUCGGAGGUGGAUUUAAUGCUGGCGUCAGUGGCGGCUUUGGUGGUUUUGCACGCAGCUAUGACCAAGAGGAUACACCACAACAACAACAGCCACAGCCGGCAAAGCAACCAAUCGGGUGCAAUGCGCCUAGUAUUCCAGUGCCUCCUUGUGCCCAAAGCUACUUGAUCUCAUGUGAAGCGGUGCUGAAGCCUGCCCCCUGUGCGAGUAGUGGCUAUUGAGAAACCAAAGAACUGAUAUUGAUUUCGUUAAAUAAAAGAGACUCUUAAAACUUA